UGACUCUCUCUACUGGCCAGGCUGAUCAGAAAGCAGCAUGGAGGCCCCUGGGAGAAGUGACCUGCUGAGGAAGCUGAAAGCCCUGGGCAAGGAGGAGUUGGAGGGAUUCAAGGAUAAGCUGAGUGAAGUCCUGCUGGAGCGGGGAUCUGAGCCCAUCCCCAAAACACUAGCUGACCCGGCUGCACUAGCCGACCUGCUGCUCAGGCACUGCGGAGGGGAUUCGAAAGUGGUUCUGAAAGUCCUGGAAGAUGUUGAAGCCAGACUCCGGAAAGCUUCGAGCCAUCCACAACAAGAGCGGAAGCCGUCCACUUGCACUAAAGCAGGCGAUUCAGGACCAAAGAGCCACUUCACGCAUUCAGGCGAUGAGAUUCCCCCUGGUGAAGGAGGGACACUAGCAUCUGCAAUUGCCUUCAUGAAGAGGCAUCUUUCCUUCACUGGCUCCAAGGCCGAAGCUGCAGGAAAACAAAACGGGAAGGAGGAUCCCACUGGGGACAACUGGGGAACGGACAAAUGCAAACUGUGUCCCAGGGAGGAGGAUCCUCCAGAAGAAAUAAACCCAGAGAUUAUUCGGGGCCCAGAUAGGAACCAGGAGACGUACAGGGUUCACCUCCCCGGAGCAGGCUCAUUCCGUUGCUCUGAAACCGAACUGGGACUCGAGGUGAGGGCAGCAGUGACCGUCCAGUACAGAUACGGCUUCUGGGAUCAGCAUCUGAGUGUAUGGAGCACUCCUAAAUGGAUGAUCGCUGGCCCUUUGUUCAGCAUCCAGGCAGAACCGGCCGGGGCCGUGGCCGCCAUUCACCUCCCGCACUUCCUGUGUCUCAGAGGGGCUGACACCUCCCGGAUUCAAAUCGCCCAUUUCAUCGAGGAGGGGAUGACUCUGGAGAAGCCAAUGCAAGUGAGGCCGUUCCACGCCGUGCUGGAGAACCCCAGCUUCUCCCUGUAUGGAGUGGUCUGGGGGAAUCGCUCCAAACCACCAGUUCUGAUCCACUCCAUUGUGCUGCUCUACUGGGCACUCAAGAUGGCAAAGACAACUCUUCACCUCUACAUCAUCCCUAAUGACCACUCCCGGUUCAAGGCCAUUGAUGACUAUGAAAAGAAGUGUCCAUCAAGGCUCGUGUCGACAUCUCUUCAGACCCAUAAGCCCCUGACCUUUGAUUCUCGUUAUGUUGUGUCCAGUCAAGCAAACAUAGAGGUGACUCCCAAGGAGCUGGAGUUUUGUAACAUCCAAGCAGAGUGUCUGCAGUCGUAUAUGGAAAUCUACACCAAGGACAUUCAGGGGGGACUGGAGUUCAGCUUGGUAGAGAAAAUUAACAAGGAGCCCAUCUGGGAGGCACAUGUGAGACCAGAUGAGCAUUUUGUCAACCAGCACCAAGAACAGCUGAUCCAGCGGGUGAUGGCAGUGGAUGGCAUCCUGGAUUCAUUGUAUGGCCCCGUUCUGGAUCUGGAGCAAAUCCAGAGCAUCAGAGCGGAGAGAUCCAGUGUGGAGAAGAUGAGGAAGCUGUACGAGCUGGUGUCUAAAUGGGACAAUGACUGCAAGGACCGGCUCUACCAGGCACUGAAGGAGAAGCACAGACCUCUAGUGGAAGAGCUUGAGGGGAUAUAG